AUGAAGUUAUCAAAUAUUCCGCAACGAUAUGUGAUAGUCUUCUUAACUUUUCUCAGCACCUCCGUGUGUUACAUAGAGCGUGUUGGCUUCUCUAUUGCAUAUACAGUUGCUGCAGAUGCUGCUGGGAUCAAUCAGUCAAGCAAAGGAACCAUACUUGCCACAUUCUUUGUUGGCUAUGCGUGUUCUCAAGUCCCUGGCGGUUGGGCAGCUCAGAAAAUUGGGGGAAGGAAAGUUCUCCUUCUGUCAUUUGUUUUAUGGUCAUCGACGUGUUUCUUGGUUCCGCUUGAUCCAAACAGAGUCGGGCUCUUGGUUGUUGCCCGUUUACUUGUUGGUGUAGCCCAAGGUUUCAUCUUUCCCUCUAUCCACACAGUUUUGGCUCAGUGGGUUCCUCCUCAUGAAAGGUCUAGAUUAGUUUCAAUAACGACCUCGGGAAUGUAUCUAGGCGCAGCUUUAGGAAUGUGGUUUCUCCCUGUUUUAGUUGAGCUUAGAGGUCCGGAAUCAGUUUUCUUAGCAGAAGCAUUAGCAGGUGUCAUAUGGUCAUUGCUUUGGGUUAGGUACGCCACUGACCCACCUCGAUCCGAGCAUCCAAAAGCCGCUGCUGCUGGAUUCGGAGGUGCUCUAUUGCCAACUAAUGUAAACCAGCAUAAAGUUACUCAUAUCCCAUGGAAGAAAAUCCUGCUCAGUUUACCCGUUUGGGCGAUUGUGGUUAACAAUUUCACAUUCCAUUAUGCUUUAUAUGUGCUCAUGAACUGGCUUCCGACCUAUUUUGAGCUUGGACUCCAGAUCAGUCUUCAGGGAAUGGAUUCAUCCAAGAUGGUGCCAUACCUCAACAUGUUUGUAUUCUCCAUUGUUGGUGGUUUUGUCGCAGACUAUUUGAUCACCAGGAGAAUACUAUCAGUAACCAGGACCCGUAAGUUCUUGAACACGGUUGGGUUUCUAGUUGCUUCAGCCGCAUUGAUGGCUUUGCCUCAAUUUAGAACUUCAAACGGUNUGAUCUUAUGCUCCUCUGUAGCUCUUGGUUUUCUGGCUCUAGGAAGAGCUGGUUUCGCGGUGAACCAUAUGGAUAUUGCUCCGAGAUACGCAGGAAUUGUGAUGGGAGUUUCAAAUACUGCUGGUACAUUAGCUGGAAUCAUUGGUGUUGAUUUGACUGGAAAGCUUCUUGAAGCAUCUAAAUUGGUUUACUCAGAUUUGUCGCAUCCAGAGAGCUGGAGAGCUGUGUUCUUCAUCCCGGGUUUGCUCUGUAUCUUUAGCUCCGUUGUGUUUUUGCUGUUUUCUACAGGAGAAAGAAUCUUUGAUUGA